CAGACCGCUCGCAGCUACAUUGCACCUGGACAGAUCAAACACCGCCUCACAACACACCUCCACAGGCGACGCGACACUCACCCUCGCUGUCGGCCAAGAUGGCCGCCGAACAGCGCAAGCUGCUCGAGCAGCUCAUGGGCGAUACCAUGAUGAACGCGCCGGGCACACACAAGCAAGCCGCUCUCACCAUAACAGAUCCCAAAGUGUGCCGGUCUUACCUCUGUGGCGGAUGUCCACACGAUCUCUUCACGAAUACCAAACAAGACCUUGGUGCAUGCGACAGGGCUCACCAGCCAAACCUGCGAGACGAGUACCAAGCCGCUUCAGACGAGCAGAAGAAGACGUGGGGCUUCGAGUUCGAUUACCAACGAGAUAUUAGCAAAUACGUCAGCGAAUGCGACCGCCGAAUAGACGCUGCACAGAGACGACUGGAAAAGACACCAGACGAGAUUCGGCAGACCAACAAUCUACUGAAGGCGAUCGGUGACUUGACCAGGACCAUCGAGGCAGGCAUGGUUGAGAUCGAAAUCUUAGCUGAGCAAGGAGCCGUCAACCUUGCCGUCCAGGAGCACCACAAUCUGAAGCUGAAGAAAGUGCAAAAGGAGGAGCGCGAGCGAGAGUUGAAGGCACUGUCUGACACCUCUGGUCCUUCUGGGCACCAAAAGUUGCAAGUCUGUGAUGUGUGUGGCGCAUAUUUGUCGCGACUCGACAAUGACAGGCGACUAGCGGACCAUUUCUUUGGAAAGAUGCACCUUGGCUAUGCUCAGAUGCGAAAGGAAAACGACCGGUUGGCCAAAGAACUCAAAGGUCGGCGAGCACCAGAGCGACAAGAGCCUGUGGAUGACCGAAAUGGCUAUGACGACUAUGGAGGUGGCGGCUACGGCUCACGUGGUGGUGGUGGAGGAUAUGGUGGAGGCCGUGGUGGAGGACGUUCUUAUCGAGGUGGAGGCUAUAGCGGCAGAGGUGGCAGAUGGUAGACUCUGGGCGCCAGCUUUAAUUUAGAGCUGACGAGUGCUGCACAAUUAGCGAGGCGUAAGGCGAAAUGAAAGGAAUGCAUGCGAGAAAUGGCUCUUCUCAGUCUUCCUGAUAGACGAUCAGGAUAGCGAGAGCUCUAUGAAAUUUGAUGCUUUGCUCUUUGCCUGAUCUAUACUGUCUAGUCCGUAGGCCUGAUAUACAGCCUUUGGCCUGGUUACGGGGC